GGAGGCUGAAUCGAACAUCACUAGACGUCACUAAGUAUGAACCCUUGAAAUAAAACAAGCUUCAUAUUAAAUAUUAUAGUGCUCCGGAAUAAUAGGUGUAAAAACAUCGGUUUUGAACUGUUGAAGCUGUUCGAGAAAAUAUCUAAUUUUACAGAUACCGAAAAGAUUAAGAUGGAGUCAGCUUUCGAUUCGACAGACGCGCAGUGCGCUAAUAAUCCCGAUCGAAUGGACAAUUCCUCGGAACAAAACACGAACGAUUCUAAUCAAGGCGAUAACAAACCGGAUGGCGCAAUGGGAAGCAACGGGAACAGCCAGCCGGCAACCGGUUCCACCAAAAAACCACGUCCAGCCGAUUGGGUGUACAGAACGAAAUCACAGAGAAAACGCCUCCGGCAUUAUCUGGAGCAGGGACUUUCCCAAGAGGAGGCAUGGAAGAAAGCCCAGGAACCGCAUCCGCAAACACAAACCCCACCGUCAAAUUCACAUUCAAAGAGUAACGCAAGGUUAAAGAGCUUUCUAUAUAAUAAGAAAAGAGGCGAUCGUGGUUCCAAUCGUUCGAAUAACAAUUCUGGCAAUUCACAAAUGGGUGGCGGUGGAGGAGGUGCAAGACCACCAAGGAUUAACUACGAAAAGAUGAUCAGUAAGGCUAUCAAGGUAGCGAUUGUCCCCGAUGACCCCAACAAACCCUUAGAUGCAGAAGAGGCAAGCCAAAUCAGGAAUUUGGUAUUGCAAUUAAUGGUGACACAAAAGGGUAACAACAAUAUCAAACCCCAGUUCAUGCAGGACGCUGUCCUCCAAUCGGGCAAGUUGGUCUUUCACUGCUCUGACCAAGCAACUGCUAGCUGGCUUGAGGAACAGGAUUGCUGGCCUAAUCAGGGCUGCAGCGCUAUAAGGGAACCGGAAAUCGCCGAAGAAUUUGCUAUUAUUGGAGAUUUUAAGCACACUGCUCAUGAGACGACUGAUUUUAUUCUUGGCCUGGUUGAGGCACAAAACGAUAUCUUGACUUCUGGAUGGAAGACAUUUAAUCGUCAAGAUUUUGGAACGCAGGUCGUGCUUACCCUGGAGGUAGACCCCGAAUCUUGGCAGAAACUGGAACAGAUGAACUUCGAGGUUACUUUCGGGUACGGGCAAAAAGUGCAGCUUAAGCCUGCUAGUACGAUUAGUAACUCUGGCAGUGCUUCUCAAUCGUAAAAUUUGAACGACAUUUGACUAUGAUUAUUAGUACUAUCAAUACGUUGAUACGGGCUUUACAGAAUCAGUACUAUUAACGGAAUGAUGAAAAAUCUUCAAAAUGCGUCAAUCCCAUUUGAAUGCAUAUCGUCAAUAGAUUAUUCUGGGUCGCCUUUAAACUUUGUGAAUAAGCUCGCUGAACUAAUUUACAAUGUUUUAUUGAUGGUGUAAUGACAAAAAAUGGAUUGAUGAUAUGCGGUCAAGUGGGACUCCAUCAACCCGUCAAUAUAUUGAGCAAGUAAGGUCCGCUGUUGACUGCAAGCUAAUAACGAUGUACUAGCUGAUUUACUGAUAUCACAUUAUUUUAGGCUGAGUGGAUUUACAUUAGUACUCUGUGACAGCGAACUUUACUGACAAAUAUAAUAAUUCUUCAAAA